UGCAUGUCAUUACAACAUUCCUGUUGUUGUUUCUGGAUGACAUGUACUUAUUUCCUUUAAUAAGCUUCUCACUUUAUUUUCAUUACAGGUGACAGAACAUUCAUUCCUGUUGUUGUUUCAGGAUGACAUGUACUUAUUUCCUUUAAUAAGCUUCUCACUUUAUUUUCAUUACAGGUGACAGAACAUUCAUCGAAAAAAAUCAAGUUCACAAGAAAUUCUAUGGGGUUCCCGCAAUUGACGAAGCCUCGUGAAAUUGAGCCUCAAAGUGAUGAAGAUGAGCCAUGUUGUGUUGACGAGCAGAAUGAAGAAGAACUCAUUCAGGACAAUGGAGAAAUGAAUUCACAAGUUUGGGAUGAAUUGGGCAAGAUUGCUCUUGAUCAGGCAGAGCGGGCUGCAUCAAGAUGGGGAUCGGCCUCCUUGGGAAGAACUGUGCAAACUUUUUCAAAGGCAGAUGCUGCGCUUGCUUAUGUUAAUGAACAUGCGAAGUUCAUAUGCCCAGUCAUUCUUGCAUAUGAGUUACAUAAAUCACUGUCGGGUUUCGAGUAUGUUGUGAUGGAGCGAGAUGAUUUUCUGAUGCGGUACAGGGACAUGAGUGAUGGAGAACGUGCGUUUUAUGAACUGAUUCACCCUGUGAGUCUACCAAAGAUAAAUGUCAUCUAUAUUUCGAUUUGAAAUUUCCAACCUGUUUGAACCAGGAGAAAAAUGGUGUUGCAAUGGCUGAUGGUGACUAUGAACCGGAUAGCAUCAGAGUUUCCUCAUGCAGAACAUGAGAGUGCAUGGAUACUUGAAACAGACUCAUCAAGGGAGGAAAAAUUCUCUAGGCAUGUGCUGAUCAAAGUACCUGGAUUGGUAUUCCGCAACAAUCAGGAGUUGUUGCCUUUUGUGUCAAAGAUUUGUCAGCAGAUAGAAAGCAACACGACAAAAUUUCAAGCAUAUCGAGAUCUGCUUGUUCAAACGAAGAACGACACAAGAUUGUUUGUAGAUCUUUCAGUCUACAAAAGGGAGCAGUUGAUGAGGCUGCCAUUUUCAACAAAGGAAGGACUUUUCUCACACUUGCUGCCAAAGGGGCAUUUUGGGACUCCUCAGAUUGCGGUAUGUUUUAUUUUACAAACACUUUUUUUGAAGGUUUUUCCUUUCGUAAUGAAAUUAAUGCUGCACG